AUGCCCGAUCUACAGGACUGCAUGAUAAAGAAUGUCAGAGAGAAGGACGCUUGCACGCUGGAAUGGCAUCCGAAGCAGAGAGUCUUGGCCAUUGCUUGGAAAGAUGGCGGAGUGUCUCUGUGGAAGGAGCAGGACAGAAAGCUGGCAGAUGACACCAGCGGCCACAAAAGGCCAGUCAGCUGCAUGGCAUGGAAUGCAGAGGGGACGCGCCUAGUCACUGGAGACCAGGAAGGGAAGCUGGUGGUCUGGAAGAUGGAUCUGAGGGGCAAGCCCACCGCUGUCUCCAGAUACGCAGAGAAGCAGGACGCUGUGAUCAGCCAUAUACGCUUUGACACCUGUGCAGCACCCCCUGCAGAUUUUGUGGAUCCCAACCUUCCCCCGCCGUGCCCUCCCUUCUACUAUGCUGCCUCCUCACCUGGAAAGGGCGCAAUCUGCCAUGCAGACGACCGGGGUAAACGCGUUCCGGCCUUUGAGGUCGACUGCGAGGUCCUGGCGGCGCUCUACUACCCAGAGCGGAACGGAAUGGUCGUCAUCACCGCCAGCUUUACGCUUACUGUGCAUGUGCGCAACGACAGCAAAUGGACGCCAGCUACGAAAGUGAAGCUCAAUAAGGCCCCUGACGUCACCGCGCUCCAGGCCACGUGGGCCGGCGCGCACCUGCUCGCGCUCGCCUCGGACAAAGACGUCUCGGUCCACUUGACCAACCUCGAAACCGAAGAAAACUCGAUUCUGGAGCUACCGGCAGCCGUGGAAAAGUCGAAGAAGGGGAAGAAAGAGGCGGCCAAGAUUGCGGCGGUCGCGUUCCACGAGCGAACGCAAACUCUGACUAUCGGCGCUACUGAUGGCGUCGUCCACAUGUGGAAGUCGCGCGCGGCCUUCGGAGCCGCGUCGCCUCGUACCGCGCUCUCCGCGGCCGCGGAAGGCGCCGAAACCGACUGGGAGCCGCUGCCCGCCGUCGACGUUGCGAGCAAGAUUGCUGUGUUGAGAUGGGCGGCGAGCGAUGACGUCAUCGCCGCGAUGACGCAAGAAGGUCUACAAUCGCUGAUCCGAUAUCCGUUGGCGAGGCGACUGAAGGGCGGGAUGGCGCUGCUACAAACUGGCCCCAGCAGGGUGGCCGUCGAAAGCGUUGACGGGACAAACAGCCAGACGUUCGAGAGCCCGCUUCAGAUAACUGGAGUCGACUUCUCCGAAGGGCGAGCGCUGGUUUGGGGCAAGCAGAAGGCUGAGGUGUACGAGCUAAACGUGGCGGGCAUACAGAGGCAGGCCGAGUUUGACAUCCGGCCGGGAGCAUGCUGCGCCAUUGGUCGAGAGUUUGUGUACCGAACGGCAGGGAACGUUGUGGAAGUAUGUUCGAUGCAGGGCACGGUUAAGCAAACCCUGCCCCUUGACGAGGCGCACGGGAGCGCCUCCUGCGUCGACGUGCAUGGGGACACCCUGGCGAUUGCCACGUCGACAGGUUUCAUCAAGCUGUGGCGAAUCAACGGCCGAGAUUUGAAGCCGAUCGGCCCCGGCGCGGGACGGAGGGUGGAGAUGGGCCCGGAGCCGCCGGGGCCGAUCGUGUCCGUCCGAUGCAAUUGUACGGGUACAAAGGUCAGCGUGCUCGCGAGCGAAUCGGACGGCUCCCGGCGGCCCGACUCGAGGCUGUUCGUUUACGAGGUGGAGCUGGAUGCAUUUCAAGUGUACGACUUCAAGCAGUCGCGCAGGCGACCUAUCAACCACACGUGGGACGGGGAGGAAGCGCGGAUGGUCGCGGUCGAAACAGAGCCGGAUUCGGACGCCUCCAAUCCGGACGGCCUUACCGUCAGCCGCGAGGCGGACGUCCAAGUCACGACGCUGUUUGCGACCGGGGAGCACGGCCUUCUGUACCAGGACAAGGUCGACGCGGACCCUUCUUGGAGCGCCCUCGUCGGCCUCCACGUACCCUUCCUUUUCUUCGCAUCGAAGCCUCCAAACCCGCAGCCACUUUUGCGCGUGCCCAUGCGCGAUUUCGCGGGCAUGGAGUCCGUCGACGCGCGGACGAGACGCGCACUUCUGGACUUCAGCUACCAGGUAAGAAGAGAGUAG